AUGAUGAACGAAACAGACGAGACGCCUACUCCCAAUAUUGAAGAAUAUGGCGUCAUGGAAUAUGUCUCUAUCCCGUGGCAUGGAGCCCAUAAGAACGGCCUCGGAUACAAUGUAGCCCUGUGGUUCAUUCAUAUUCUAGCAAGGAAUGACAAUGAGCUAGCUACAUAUCCUUACCAACUAUUGGUCAAACAGGGGCUCCCAAAGACUGACUGUUCUGAAGAGCACGAUGCUGCGGGUAGUCCUGCCAGGCAACGCGACAUGUCGCCCUGCGAGGCACAAGCCAAACGCCGAGCUCUUUGCCGCUCUCUGAAGAAGGUUUCAAUGACAAACAACAUGUCAGAGUGUAAGCCAGGCACCAAUUUGACAGGAACCUCGCGCAGCUCUACCUUCAAACGAUCUGCUCCAGAAACUGGCGAGUAUGAGGAAAUGGAGGAUGCCUGCAGCCGUGGACAGUUGAAGCGACGAAGAAUUUAA